AUGGGCGACACAAUACCUGCCGAUGUUAGGUUGAUCGAGGUUAAAAACUUUGAAACGGAUGAAGCCCUCCUUACUGGAGAGUCCCUCCCUGUUCGUAAAGUCACUGAUGCCGUGUUUCCGGACGAUACAGGUCCAGGAGACCGCCUCAACAUCGCCUAUAGCAGCUCAACUGUGACCAAGGGACGUGCCAAAGGCGUUGUGUUCGCAACUGGAGCAUUCACCGAGAUUGGUGCCAUCGCAGUCGCACUUCAUGCCAAGGAGUCCAAAGUACGUCCCGUCAAACGAAAACCAGAUGGGCACGCUGGUCCCCACCGCUACCUCGAGGCAUACACGCUCACCCUCUCCGAUGCAAUUGGUCGUUUCUUAGGUGUGAACGUGGGUACGCCGCUUCAGCGCAAGUUGAGCAAACUGGCUAUACUGUUGUUUGGUAUUGCGAUUGUGUGUGCCAUUGUUGUUCUCGGAUCAAACAAAUUUGACUCCAGACAAGAAGUUGUUAUCUACGCAGUCGCUACCGGCCUAUCCAUGAUACCAGCCUCGUUGGUGGUCGUUCUCACCAUCACGAUGGCGGCUGGAACGAAGCGCAUGGUGCAACGAAAUGUGAUUGUGAGAAACUUGAAGUCACUCGAAGCUCUCGGGGCAGUGACCGAUAUCUGCAGCGAUAAAACCGGCACUUUGACUCAAGUCGGCAAUGCCACCAGAGCGACCGAUCCAACAAAUGGCGAACUUCGAUUUGACAGCCGCAUGCCCAAGAACAUUAACUUCAAUCAAAGCAAAGAAGGCUCAGAGACACAGGACACUCCUGUGGGUGCUACAGAGUUACUUAGUGGAAGCAACUACCUUCUGCAAAACUUCCUCAACGUGGCAGCCCUAGCAAAUUUAGCCACCGUUCAUGAGAAGGAUGGUCAGUGGUUUGCAAGGGGUGAUCCGACGGAAAUUGCGAUACAAGUCUUCUCAACGCGUUUUUCGUGGAACCGUCUUGACUUAACCCAAGGCGAUAGUUCCCAAUGGAUUGACGUUGCUGAGCUGCCUUUUGACAGCGACGUGAAGCGCAUGAGCGUCAUCAUGAAGAACAAGAGCACAGAGGAUCAUUUCGUCUUCACUAAAGGGGCCGUCGAGCGCGUCAUUCAAGACUGCAAAUAUUAUUGCCUACAGGAUGAAGAGAAUCUGGAAGUUGCCAUGACAGAGGACUUUCGCCGAGAGAUCCUGAACAAUAUGGAAGCGUUUGCAGCUCUCGGUUUACGAGUUCUCUGUCUGGCAAGCCGGAAGUAUAAUGAUGAGCUUCCGCGCGAUCAGGAAAUUGACCGGAGAUUGAUUGAAGUAGAUCUUACCUUUCGCGGGCUCAUUGGCUUAUAUGACCCUCCCCGGCCAGAAUCAGCUGCAGCCGUUCGACAGUGUCACGAUGCCGGUAUUUCGGUUCACAUGCUCACAGGUGACCAUCCGGAAACCGCAAAGGCUAUCGCCAUCGAAGUUGGAAUUCUGCCUCCUCAUAUUGAACGUGUCAGUCGAGAAAUUGCCGAUAUCAUGGUCAUGACUGCGUCACAGUUCGAUUCCCUAGAUGAUGAUCAGGUGGACGCAUUGCCCGUCUUACCGCUUGUGAUUGCCCGAUGUGCUCCAAGCACCAAAGUUCGGAUGAUUGAGGCUUUGCACCGAAGGAACAAGUUUUGUGCCAUGACUGGCGAUGGUGUGAACGAUUCGCCUUCCUUGCGCAGAGCUGACGUAGGAAUAGCCAUGGGACAGUCAGGCUCUGACGUUGCUAAGGAUGCUUCAGAUAUUGUGCUCACAGAUGACAAUUUUGCAUCUAUUGUUGCAGCAAUCGAAGAAGGCCGCCGCAUUUUCGAUAACAUCCAAAAGUUUGUUCUUCACGUUCUUGCUGAGAAUAUCGCCCAAGCAGGAACUCUCCUUGUCGGACUUGCUUUCAAAGAUGAUAGAGGUCUAUCUGUGUUCCCACUAGCACCGGUUGAAAUAGUUUGGAUUAUCAUGAUCACUUCUGGUAUGCCGGAUAUGGGUCUUGGGUUCGAACGUGCGGUUCCGGAUAUCAUGUCGCGACCACCACAAAGCCUCAAGACCGGCAUCUUCACAAUGGAGUUCCUAGUUGAUAUGGUCGUCUAUGGCUUGUGGAUUACAGCUCUGUGUCUCGCGAGUUUCUCACUAGUUGUGUUCGGUUUCGGAAAUGGCGAUCUUGGAAACAGCUGCAACGAGGCAUACUCCGAGUCUUGUGACGUUGUCUUUCGCGCUCGAGCCACAACUUUCGCGUGUCUCACCUGGUUCGCCUUGUUCCUGGCUUGGGAAAUGAUUGAUAUGCGACGAUCUUUCUUCCGCAUGCAGCCCGGCUCCAAGAAGUAUCUCACUCAAUGGAUGUUUGAUGUUUGGCGGAACAAAUUUCUAUUCUGGGCUGUCAUUAUCGGCUUCAUCACUUUGUUCCCUGCACUGUAUAUUCCAGUGGUCAAUGUCAAAGUUUUCAAGCACGUUGGCAUUAGCUGGGAGUGGGCAAUUGUCUUCAUUGCGGCGACCUUGUUCUUCUUGGGAGUUGAAACAUGGAAGUUCGGCAAGAGAGUUUUCUUCAGGCAUCGAUCGAAGAAGCAACUCGGCCAUGUUUGGAAGGACAUGGAUAUUGAGCAACGAGCAUUUGCGGACUAUCUAUCUGGUAAAGAGGAUCUUCAGAAUAACUCUGUAGCAGAGUUCCAGAAACAAGAUUGA